UCACCUCCCACCUUAGAUCUCAAAUAUGUUCCCUCUUGUUGAUCAUGUAGAAAGAGGAGAUGAAAACCAACCUCACAACUCAGCUCACAACUCAGCUUCCACCACUAAUCAAGAUGUAGUUACAGCUCAGCUUGCUGCCAUGCAACAAUAUGAGUCUCAGGGUCAGUCUCACAUAGCCCCAGCUCAACAACCUCUACCUGAUGAUGUCACUCAACAUCUGGACAGUUUAGAAAAACUGGUAGCCGAACAACAAGGUGCCCCACCUCCACACCAUAAUACUGAUUCCAUACCUCAUCUUUUGAACACCAACAUCACAUUGGAACCUUAUCCCGCUAGCUUCAAGAUUCCUCAGCUUGAGACAUAUGAUGGGACGAAGGAUCCCGAUGAUCACCUCCAUGCCUUCUACUCCUGUAUGCAAGCUCAGAAUGCCUCUGAUGCAUUAAUGUGUAAGAUCUUUCCCUCCACUCUCCGUGAUAAUGCUCGAACCUGGAAUAUGCUUUAUCCCAUAAACCAGUUCUUCCUAGAAAUCAAAACCCAGAAUAGAGAGAUAAGAGUCAGAGCAGAAAACGGAUCAAGACAGUACAGAAUCGAGAUCAAGAAUAAGAUGGAUUUGAGGCGACCAAGAUCGAUGAGAAGUUUUGUUGCUACACGUGAUCAUACCAAAUACUACGAUUUUCAUCAAGAUCAUGGUCGUACAAUAGAGCAGUGUAAUAGUCUGAGGUCAGAGUUGGAAAGUCUAGCUCAGAAGGGAAUGCUGAAUGAAUACAUCCAGAGAACCGAGCAACCAAAGUUUGUUCAAGAACAAGUACCACCACCACAGGGGUCUCGUAAUGCAAGUAACAGACAAGGUGUGGGAUAUCAACAAGCCCCACCUCCACUCCCACCACCGACCAAAAUUAUACAUACAAUUAUGGGAGGCUUGGAAGCAGGAGGGAAUCCACCAGAUAUUAUGUACUUUCACUAUUUUGUGAGUUUUGGGCUGGAUCCAGCUUUGUUGCAAAGUGGCCAAACUUAUGUAACACCUUCAGUUUGGUUUCUAGUUGUCAAAAUUGCAUCCUCUUUCAAUGUUGUUAUUGGCCGACCCACAUUAACUGAGAUUCGAGCUAUGGUCUCUCAAUCUCACCUUUGCAUGAAGUUCUCAACUCCCAUGGGGAUAGCAACACUAUGGGGUAACCAGGAGGUGGCUAGACAUUGCUACAUUAUCUCGGUUACAAGGCCUCAAAAAGGCAAAGAUCAAGCACCAGAAACCAUUCCCCAACAAACUCAUGAUACUCAACAAGUGAUAGGAGUUGAGAUAGCGGACAACCGACCUGAAGAUGAAUCAAGAGCUACCCUAGUUAAGGAUGUAAAAGAAGUGCAAAUUGAUGACAGAGAUCGCAACAGGAAAACACCAAUUGGAACUCGAUUGAACCCAAAGGAAAGAGAAAAGCUAAUAGCUUUCCUCCGAGCUAACAAUGAUGUCUUUGCUUGGACCUCAGCAAACAUGCCAGGAAUUCCAACCUCAGUUUCUCAGCAUGAGCUUAGCACUAAUCCAUUGAAGAAACCAAUAGCCCAGAAGCGACCGGCUUCUGGAAAUGAGAGAUUAAGUCUCUUGGAUGCAUAUUCUGGUUACCACCAACUGCCGAUGGCUCUGGAAGAUGAAGAGAAAACCUCGUUCUAUGCAGGUGAUGGAAUUUAUUGUUAUGUCAUGAUGCUCUUUGGCUUAAAGAACGCAGUGAAGAGCCUGAAAGUAGAAGACCACCUAGCUAAUCUCGAUGAAACAUUCAACAACCUCAGAAAGAACAGAAUGCGGUUAAACCUAGCCAAAUGCAUCUUCGGUGUGGAGUCUGGGAAAUUUCUAAGCUUCAUGGUUUCCCAGAGAGGGAUUGAGGUCAACCCAGAAACGAUCAGAGCAAUUGCCGAGAUGGAAUCACCGAAGCCGGUGAAAGGUAUACAGAGAUUAAAUGGAAGGGUGGCAGCUCUUCAUAGAUUCAUAUCGAAGUCAGCAGAUAAGUGCCUGCCAUUUUUCAAGAUUAUGAGCGUGCUGCACGAAGCAGAACUUAGGUACCCUAUUGUUAAGAAAGCAGCACUAGUAAUUUUCACUUCAGCUAGAAAGCUGAGGCCAUGUUUCCAAUCACAUCCAAUCAUCGUCCUCACAGACCAACCUCUUCGACAGAUCCUGCAGAAGCUGGAGUGCUCUGGAAGCAUUGGAGUUGAAGUCAUGGCGAUACAAGUAUACAGUGACUCGCAGCUUGUGGUUAAUCAAGUUAACUCAAUCUACGAAGUUGUUGAUCCUAUGAUGAUGAAGUAUGUAGCCCUGGUGGCUAAGCUAAAGUGCAAAUUCCAAAAAUUUUGUCUAAACAAAAUUCCCCGAACUGAGAAUGAACAAGCAGAUUCACUUUCUAAGUUUGCCUCUGAUAGGAUAGUGCCUAAAGACAAGCAAGAGGCAAUGAGGUUGAGGAAGAAAGCGUCUCGAUAUACACUCGUCGAUGGGGUCCUCUAUAAGAGAUCUUUCUCACUCCCUCUUUUAUGGUGCUUGAAUCCUUAUGAGGCUCAGUAUGCACUUCGAGAGAUGCAUGAAGGUGAAACACCCUACCACCUGGCCUUUGGUACUGAAGCAGUCAUUCCUAUUGAAAUAGGAGUCCCAAGCUUCAGGGUAACCCAUUUUGAUGAAGGACGAAAUGGACAACUACUUAGGGAAAACCUUGAUCUACUUGCCGAAGUCAAAGAAGAAGCACAACUUCGAACUCUUGUAUACAAACAGAAAUUAGCCAACUUCUACAACAAACGAGUCCGACCUCGAACAUUUAAAGUAGAAGACCUUGUUCUCAGAAAGGUUGGCCUAACAAGGUUUGAAACUCGUUUUGGCAAACUGGCCCCAAACUGGAAGGCCCUUAUACGGUGGCUAAAGUGCCACAUCCUGGUGCCUAUAUCCUCCAAGACGCUGAAGGGAAGAGAGUUCCUAGAGUCUGGAAUAUCAAUAACUUGAAGAAAUUUUCCCCCAAAUAAACUUCUUUCAAGUGAUCUAUGUCUUAUUCUCCUUUAUACUUAUUACUUCUUCAUUGUUGAGAUUCAUUUCAUCUUUUAUUCUGUAUAUCCGAGGUCAAUUUAUUUAGAAUUUAUUCCUUGGACUUCACUUUUAUUAAUGAAUGUCACUUCACAUA